UCUAACUCUUGUGUAAACGUGGCUACAACGAACGGUUUUCUCGAUGGCAGAUGAUGUCGAGGCAUCUCGAUUGCUUAUCCCAACAUGGUUAAUUGCCCCAUACGAUAUCUAACCGUGUGUUCAGAGUACCUGGUUUCCGGCCUUAACGGCGUUGAGGACACGGCACUUACCGCGUCCAGCCAAUACAAAGCUAAUUAUGCACCGUCUAACGCCCGACUACGCGGUAAUUCGUCAUGGUCGUCGGAAGAACUCGACGAUAAACAGUAUAUACAGGUACAAUUCCGGCAAGAAACGUCUAUAGAUACCAUUAUGAUACAGGGACAGGGAGACCCGGAAUUCGAGGAGUGGGUGAAGACUUUUUAUGUGUCGUAUAGUAUCGACGGCGGUACAUGGACCAACGUGAUGUCACAUAAUCAAGAUCCAAGGUUAUUUACCGGAAACAGUGACCAAAACACCGUAGUCAAGUCGAGUCUCGUCCCCAGUAUCACAGCUGUUUACGUCCGUAUCAAUCCCAGAAGCUGGAACAUCCAUAUUAGUCUCCGAUUUGACAUCGGUGGAUUUUACGGUGUUAAGGAAAAAAAAAGCCAGUCGGAAUUUUACAGAUUGCCAAUGUUACCCUCCGCAGACCUCGAUCAGCACCUUGUUUUCGAUACAUCGUCUCGGUUACUUCCCAACUGUGGUAUAUUGUGCCAUAGAGGAGAAUUGUGUUUUUCCUUCACCUUUGACACAAACCAGAACACUUGUCGGGGCUAUAACUCAUCAGUCACCACAACAUCCUUCCUCUUCACUGGAUCAACGCAUUAUUUCGUUAAUGCAGGAUUAUUGACAUCCCUUGGAUUCCAAAUAUUAUCGAAAAGCAGCACGUUCUACAGGGUCACCGAACUUGAAUUGAGCCAGACAGGUGCAGCCGACGUCUGCACCCAACAAUACUCGGGGCUGAUGCGGAUUAAGUCGGAGGCUAAAAUGUUAAAUUUACAGAAUGUCAUUGCCGAAAACACCAUUCUAGCAACAAACCACAGCCAUUUAUUUGUGUCUGGUACAUAUGUGUUGCCAGAAUGGAAGUAUACUGAUGCAUCCGAAGUUAUCGACAGCGUUCUUUGGUCGCCUGGCAACCCAGACCCGAGUCAAGGUCACUGUGUCAUGAUGACACCAACAGGUCUGGAAAGUGUGGACUGUACAGCAAAACUCUUCUCCAUUUGUGAAAUAUUCUGACAACAAUGAUGUUUGACCAGAUGGAAAAAAAAAACCCACGGGAAGAUUCCAAUCGUUUUAGAUCAAGAUUCCGUUGAUAUACGAUUUCAACAUAAAAUAAACGUCAUUAUUUUCCGUACAUAUCGUUGUAUAUACUACAUGUGUGUUUCAUCGUAAUUUUUUAGUUAAACGAACCACUUUGAAGACCACGGAAUAGUGGUAUUUUGAAAGAAAGUAAGUCUAGUGAGGAUAAUCUGUUGACGUUGAAAAACACAUGAAAAAGUGACAUUUACACUUUCGCAAUAUGCUUCAAUGUACAUAAGCUGCAAAAAUGAAAUAAAGUAUUGUAUUUUUUA